AUGAUUCGAUAUCAUUCUUUGCUUCUACUUAUUCUACCAGUUAUUGUGAAUGCUCAAUGUGAUCUGGGAUCCGUAUAUAAUUCUGAUAAAAAUGUAUGCUUCACCUUCUACAAUUCCUCCGUUGAUUUUAAAACAGCUGAGUCAAUUUGCACUGCUUCGAGUGGUCACUUAGCCUCAGUUCACAAUACUAUCGACAACAACUACCUUGCAAAACAAGCUCAACAGUAUAUAUCAGCUAAUGGAGUUAUCUGGCUUGGUGCCAAGUCUACUUCUCCAAAUGUCACUGAUCCCAAUUCUUGGAACUGGUCUGAUGGUACUCCAUUUGAUUAUCAAAACUAUCAAUCUGGUGAACCAACUUCGCUUGAAACAACUGCUUGCAUGCAGUUUUCAGCAGCAAAUUCGAAAUGGAAAACUGCCAGUUGUAUCAAUUAUGCCCCAUUUAUCUGUGAAUAUCAACCUAACAACUUUCCAGUUACUUGCCCUCCAAUUAUAAAAUCAUGCCCGUCGGAGUACUACUAUUUAGAGGAAACUCAAAAAUGUUACAAGGUUGUGAUUGAGAGGGGAAAUUACGAUAGUUCCCGUAAUGGAUGUUGGGAUGACGGUGGUGAAUUAUUAUCUAUUCAUUCUUACACAGAAAAUGCAUUUAUCCAUGAUAUUUCGCAAACUGGGCAUGAUGUCACCCUACCAAACGGCGACGAAACAAACAACAUUUAUAUUGGUCUGAUUCACCAAAAUGGAUAUUGGCACUGGACAGAUGGAUCAUCAUUUGACUAUUCUGCCUGGGCAGCGGGAGAACCGAAUUACAUGGAUAGAGAGUUCUGGACUACAUAUAUGCCGGAUGGGCAUGACAGUAAGUACAAUCCAUAUGGUCUGCAAUGGAAUAAUGUAGUAAACGACGAGCAGAGAGGUUAUAUUUGUCAGAGAUCAAUGAUAUCAUAA